UUUUUUUAGUACGGUGUGCGUAAUUUUAACACGUUAUGAUAAAUCAAAUUGCCCUUUGGCCCAUGGUUUAACAGCAGUUACAAUUGCUGAUGUUUUGAUUGCAUUUAUGAUAUAUAGACUUGUUCAAAUAGCUAGGAAGAAUUCAUCCGUGUAUAGAGUUUUACAAAGAACCAUGGCAACAGAGAGCAGUAAGUUCAGGGAAAUGUAUCCAGAUAUUGAGCCAUAUGAUACUGGAAUGCUGAAGGUAUCUGACAUUCACCAGGUCUACUACGAGCAAUCAGGAAAUAAGAAUGGGAAUCCUGUCAUAUUUUUACAUGGCGGACCAGGGGGAGGUACGUCGGCUAGAGAUAGAACAUUCUUUGAUCCGAAUGUUUACAGAAUUGUGCUGAUGGACCAAAGAGGGGCAGGAAAGUCUUUACCAGCUGCUGAACUCAAGGAGAAUACAACAUGGAACCUUGUGGCAGAUGUAGAGAAACUGAGAGAAAAGCUUGGUAUAGAAAAAUGGGUGGUGUUUGGAGGAAGUUGGGGAUCAACCUUGUCUCUCGCAUAUGCUGAAACUCAUCCUGAUAGAGUUAAAGCCCUUAUUCUGCGAGGAAUUUUCACGUUAAGAAGGAGGGAACUGAUAUGGUUCUACCAAGAUGGUGCUAGCUUUAUUUUCCCAGAUGCCUAUGAGGAAUACAUCAAACCCAUUCCUGAGGUUGAAAGAUGCGAUCUGAUUGGAGCAUAUUAUCGUAGACUGACAGGAAGUGAUGAGAAAGUCCAACUGGAGUGUGCGAAGGCAUGGAGUAAAUGGGAGCUGAAAACCUCAAAACUUUACGUAGAUGAUAGUUAUGUGGCGCGGGCGGAGGCAGAUAUCUGGGCGCUACAGUUUGCUAGAAUUGAAUGUCAUUACUUUGUCAAUGGAGGAUUUUUUGAACGUGAUGAUCAACUGUUAGCCAACGUAGACAAGAUACGCCACAUUCCAACAACGAUAGUUCAAGGACGAUAUGACCUGGUAUGUCCAAUGGAAACAGCCUGGAAACUGCAUAGGGCAUUUCCUGAAGCGGAAUUCCACAUCAUAGCAGAUGCGGGACACAGUAACAAGGAACCUGGUACCCAGUCCAAGCUUCUAGAUGCCUGUGAUAAAUACAAGAACCUUUAACUGGUACCCAGUCCAAGCUUCUAGAUGCCUGUGAUAAAUACAAAAACCUGGUACCCAGUCCAAGCUUCUAGAUGCCUGUGAUUAAUACAAAAACCUUUAAUAGCAGUUAAAUAAUUUAAUAGCAAUGACGUGUGUGUUAUAAUAAAUAACAUUUUACGUAAUUGCUAAAUGAAAAACUACAUAUUUGGUAUGAAAUAACAUUUACAUAGUUGUUGAAAUAACUGCUACAUAUUCGUUAUGAAAUAACAUUUUACAUAAUUAUCUAUUUUUAUUACAACCACAUUUUAAUUGCAAUAUCAUUUUAUUAAAUAGUUACACUUACAGUGUUGUUUAUACAAUAACAUUUAAAGUGGUGCAAUAACAUUUAAAUAAUUGAUACAAUAACAUUUACAUUAUAGUAAAUGUUAUAUAUAUCAUUUAAAGGCCCAUUUUGCCCUAGAAUGGAAGGCUUAUUUUUUUCACAAAAGCUUUUUAUUUUUGGUGUACUUUUAUAGCUUAACUUGUGACCAAAUGGACAUGUGGAAUAAGUCAGAUUUGACCUUGACCUUUAAAUGACCUUGACUGUCAAUGUCAAAGGUCAGAUGAUUAAAUUUUGCAUUUAUUUUCUUAACUUUGUCAUUUAUUUAUAGAAAUGAUGCAUACUUUGACAAAACAGCAAGUGUGACCUAUUAAAAUAAAACUAUGGAAAACCUUA